CAGAGUCUAGUUUGCGCGGUUUAAACGCGCCAGUGGCUGUUUACCGUGUUUAACAAGCACAUUAUGAGACAGUUCACGCUUGGUUCCAAGAGCAGAACCGACGCUCAUGGAACCGGGAGCGGGAGCCGCGUGCGCGCGCAGCGGGUCGUCAUGGAAACCGUCUGUUUACGGUCCUCCGCGGAACAUGAUGAAGCUCAAACGGUUCCUUCUCAGAUAUUACCCGCCAGGAAUCAUGCUGGAAUAUGAGAAAGGAGGAGAGCUGAAAACCAAGUCCAUAGACCUCCUGGACCUGUCGCCUGAGACCGACACUGAGAAACUGGUCGCAGUGAUAAGGGAGACGGAACCGCUCAUCACAGAAUCCCGUACAGCUCAGCUCAAGCAACUCAUUUGCAGACUGCAGGAGAAGCUGAGCCAACAGGAUGAUGGCAGGUUCUACCUGUUCAAGACACUGCAGGCCCAUAUCCUGCCACUGACAAAUGUCGCCUUCAACAAGUCGGGGUCAAGAUUCAUCACUGGCAGCUAUGACAGGACGUGUAGGAUAUGGGACACCAUUUCAGGGGAGGAACUGCAAACUCUGGAGGGCCACAAGAAUGUAGUCUACGCUGUCGCCUUCAACAACCCUUACGGAGACAAGGUGGCUACGGGAUCGUUUGACAAGACCUGCAAGCUCUGGUGUGCAGAAACAGGCAAAUGUUUCCACACGUACCGUGGACACACUGCAGAAAUCGUGUGUCUUGCCUUUAACCCGCAAAGCACUGUGAUGGCAACAGGAAGCAUGGACACCACAGCAAAACUCUGGAACAUUGAAACAGGAAUGGAAAUGGCCAUGCUAGAAGGCCAUUCAUCUGAAGUCGUCACUCUGUCAUUCAACACAGAUGGGAACCAGCUGGUCACCGGUUCUUUUGACCACACAGCAUCUCUGUGGGAUGUGGUGUCAGGAAGGCGUGUGCACAUGCUGAUUGGACACACAGCAGAAAUCAGCAGCGUGCAGUUCAACUGGGAUUGUUCACUCAUCGCCACCGGAUCCAUAGACAAGACCUGCAAAGUGUGGGACAUGCGGAACAUGAAGUGUAUGGCCACACUGGGAGGUCACCAGGCUGAGGUGCUGGACGUGUGUUUCAAUUACACAGGCCAGCUCAUUGCCACAGCCUCUGCUGACGGAACAGCUCGGGUGUACAGUGCAGCCACGGGCCUCUGCAUUGCCCGCCUAGAGGGACACGAUGGAGAGAUCUCCAAGAUCUGCUUCAACCCCAAGGGCAGUCACAUCCUGACAGCCAGUGCAGACAAAACUGCAAGGCUGUGGGAUGUGGCAUCUGGCUCAUGUCUGCAAGUUCUGGGAGGACACACCGACGAGAUUUUCUCUUGCGCCUUCAAUUACGAAAGUGACAUCAUUAUCACAGGCAGUAAAGACAACACGUGCAAGAUCUGGAGGAUGCAGUGGAGGGAUGAUGUUGAGCAGUAUUACCUCUAACAAAGGACACAAUGCAGGAAAAUAUCCAGUAUUAUAAGCUGUGUUUUCCUCACCUUGGAUUUUUUUUCUGUUUUUAUGAUAUUGAAAUAGGUCUCUUAACAUUUCUGAUGGUUUUAUUUUUGCACAUGAGCACUGCACUAGAAUUACUAAAUGUGUAAUGUGUGUGUUUGUGUGUGUUAAUUGCUAGUUCACUGGUUGCUCAACUUGGAAAAACAAUUGGGAUCAGAAGUCUGGAAAUGAUUUUGUUCAUAACUCCAAGUUCACCGUUUCCCCAAAUCACAGUUAAUAAAAGCCAAACAAUACUAUAAUCCUUUGCCUUAC